AUGUUCUCUAGAAUUGCUUCUCAAACUGCUAGACGCUCUGUUAAGCAAUUGUCUCAACAGACUCGUUUUGCUUCAACCAAGCCUAGUUUCGCUGGUCACUCUAACAAGCAAACUACCGCUGUCACUGCUGGUAUCAUUGGUGCCACUGCUUUGACUUACAUGUACGUUGAUGCCUCUGCCAACAUGGCCGAUGAAGGUCUUCACCCUCCCAGCCAUCCUUGGCCCCACAGUGGUCCUUUGGACACUUUUGAUCAUGCUUCCAUUCGUCGUGGUUAUCAAGUUUACAGAGAAGUUUGUUCCGCUUGUCAUUCUCUUGAUCGCAUCGCAUGGAGAAAUUUGAUCGAUGUCUCUCACAGUGAGGAUGAAGUCAAGGCUAUGGCCGAAGAAUUCGAAUAUCAAGAUGGCCCUGAUGAUAACGGUGAGAUGUUUAUGAGACCUGGCAAGCCUGCUGAUUAUAUGCCUAAGCCUUAUCCUAAUGAUGAAGCCGCUCGUGCUGGUAAUGCCGGUGCCUUGCCCCCAGAUCUCUCUUUGAUCACCAAGGCUCGUCAUGGUGGUGAGGAUUAUGUUUUCGCUCUUCUUACAGGUUAUGUUGAUGCCCCCGGAGGUGUCGAGGUUCGUGAAGGUUUGAACUAUAACCCUUAUUUCCCUGGUGGCGCCAUUGCUAUGGCUCAAACCCUCUUUGAUGGUGUUGUUGAGUAUGAGGAUGGUACCCCCGCUACUGCCUCUCAAAUGGCCAAGGAUGUUUGUACCUUCCUUGCAUGGGCUGCUGAACCCGAGCAUGACGAUCGUAAGAAGAUGGGUAUGAAGGCCACUGUCAUUACUGUUGGCUUAGUUGCUUUAUCUGUUUACCUCAAGAAGUUCAAGUGGGCUCCUCUCAAGACUAGAAAGAUUGUUUACAAUCCUCCCAAGUAA